UGCAAUUAUGUCCCAUUAUUGGUUGACAAUUUUUGUGAUAUAUGGUGGUGUGUUUUAUUACAUUACACUGAGUAUAUUUUGUGUGGUCUGGAAGAAGUUUACCAGCAUUUCACAGUUGCUUGCAGCCCCCAUCAUGGGAGCAAUGACAGCAUCAGUAAACUUCUGCCAGACCACGCAUCCCUGAAGACUGCCAUCUUCAUACUUGCUGCCUUACGAAUCUUAGAUCUUUCAACCCUAUAUUUGUUGGUGUUCACAGUUGCAGAGGAAGUUUCCUUGUCUGGAGGCCAGGCUGUUCAGAGAGUUCGUCUGUUGGAAGAACUAGAGAAUCCUGGCUACAACUCUGGAAUCUUGGACAAUGACCUUAUAGAAUACUACCAGCUGCUGGCUGAGAAAGGAGAUGUGCAGGCUCAAGUUGGUCUGGGCCAGCUUCACUAUCAGGGUGGCCGUGGUGUACAGCAAGAUCACCAGAGAGCUCUGCAUUACUUUCUUCAGGCGGCAGAUGCUGGAAAUCCAAUAGCCAUGGCUUUCUUGGGGAAGAUUUAUCUGGAAGGCAGUGACAUUGUGAAGCAAGACAACGAUACUGCAUACAAAUACUUCAAGAAAGCUGCUGACUUGGGAAAUCCAGUGGGGCAAAGUGGACUGGGUCUCAUGUACCUGUAUGGCAAAGGUGUAGAAAAAGACUAUGGCAAAGCCCACAAAUAUUUCUCACAGGCAGCUGAUCAGGGCUGGGUGGAUGGACAGCUGCAGUUGGGCAACAUGUACUUUAGUGGGUUAGGAGUGCGACGGGACUACAAGUUGGCUAACAAAUAUUUUAGCCUUGCUUCUCAGUCAGGCCAUAUUCUUGCAUUCUACAAUUUGGCCCAGAUGCAUGCAACAGGUACAGGAAUGAUGCGUUCCUGCCCCACUGCUGUUGAGUUAUUCAAGAAUGUAGCAGAACGUGGCAAGUGGGGUGAAAAGAUGAUGGAAGCUCACAUUCACUAUCGGGAAGGUCGCUUAGAUGAAGCAUUUGUGACAUACACACUUCUAGCAGAGCUGGGUUAUGAGGUGGCCCAAAGUAAUGCUGCCUUCCUGUUGGAUAAAGGUGAUGUUUCACUGUUUCUGGAGCAAGAUGUAUUUGUGAGGGCGCUCAUGUACUGGCGUCGGGCAGCGGCGCAAGGCUUCUCGGCCGCACAGGUGAAGCUCGGGGACUACCAUUACUAUGGACUUGGUACGCCUGUGGACUAUGAAAUGGCUGCCACGCAUUAUCGACUUGCUUCAGAGCAGCAACACAAUGCGCAGGCUAUGUUCAACCUUGGAUACAUGCAUGAGCAGGGACUAGGAAUGCAGCAGGAUAUGCAUCUAGCAAAACGUUGCUAUGACUUGGCUGCAGAGACAAGUACUGAUGCCAAAGUUCCAGUGGCCCUGGCACUCAUGAAGCUGUCCCUUCUGUUCAGCAUGAAAUAUUUGCAGGAGAGCCGUUGGCAGGAGUGGCUUUUGCUGUUCAAUCUGGACCAUUCAUUGGGCCCAAACUGGGACCUGUACCUGAUUACAACACUGGUAGGAAUAUUGGGCAUUGUGGUGUAUUUCCGUCGUCCACAGCCACAGUAGGUGACAGUUGUAUUUUUGAAGAAGCAUCCAGUGGUUGGAAGAGUGCUACAUGAUUGUUAUCACUGUAAAGUACCACAAUUUUUUUCUGGCAUAAUACUGCUGUAACGUCAGGUUCCCGAGACACAAAACUAUUGCCCUCACAUUUCAGUUUCUGUUAUAGGCUGUGAUGCAAGGUCUUUGAAUGUUUAAAAAUUCAUUGUUCAUUCAGUCUGUGUAGUGUACAGUAAUGAGUAGGAGGACAUUUUUGGCAGGACUUGAACAUGUUCAUAUGAAAAGGACAUGAUUGUGUGAUGUGUUGAUAAACAGUGUAAAGUGAUUUAAUUUGAAGUUUAUUUAAGUGCUGUUUCUAAAUUGUUGUACAUAGUUUUAUUGUAUCAUGUAGUAUUAAGUGUGUUGUUAUUGUUGUCUCUUGCUCUGUACAUCAAAUACAAGUGCUGUACCUGCACUCUGACUUGUCAUACCACAAUAGACAACAGUGAAUUGAAUGGAGAGACUUAGUAACUGCUCACUUGCUCCCUGUGCAGUAGCAGUAUGAGUGUGAAUGUUGAGCCAAUAACAAAAUAAUCUGUGAUU